CAGUCAGUAGGAGGGGGUAAUUUUGUGCAUGCGCAAGCUGUCAGCAGGCCUGAAGGCUAGGAAAAUGGACGUACACGUACACAGGGCUGCCAGGAAUGGUGACUUUAGUGCCUUGCAAUAUGCCAUCAAGAGGGGAGAUGAUGUCAACAGUGUGGAUAGGGAUGGGUGUACUCCACUCUUGUGGGCAGCCAGGGAAGGUCACACUGACUGUGUUAGAGAGCUGCUCUCCUCAGGAGCCGUGGUGGACCUGGCUAACAAGAAUGGGUGGACUCCACUCAUAGAAGCAGCCAGUGGAGGUCACACUGAUUGUGGUAGACAGCUGCUCUCCUCUGGAGCCGUGGUGGACCUGGCUAACAAGGAUGGGUUGACUCCACUGAUGAGGGCAGCCAGUAUAGAGGUCAUACUGACUGUAUUAGAGAGCUGCUCUCCUCAGGAGCAGUGGUGGACCUGGCUGACAAGGAUGGGAACACUCCACUCAUGAUGGCAGCCCUCUGGAGACGUGUAGAUACAGUGAAGAAGCUUCUCUCAUCUGGGGCUUCCCCUCUCUGCGCUAAUAAAGAUGGACGGACAGCUCUGAUGAGAGCCAAAGAAUCAGGUUACUCUAACCCUUCAAUAAUAAAGCUGCUGGAAGAAGCUGCUGAAUCACAUGUGAG